AUGAGCGAAGCAAACGUUGACAGCAUAAAGGACAGAAAUGACAUUUACUCUCAAAUAUUCGGUGUAGAGAGGAGGCCAGACUCGUUUGUAUCUUUUGAUGACGAUUUGCAUGGCGACAUAAGGUCUCAGGUGUUGCCCAGCCGAAUCGAAGAUAUCGAGAACCUAAGUGUUCUUAUUUCCGAGGACAUUGCCAACGACAUCAUUAUAGCCAAACAGAAGAGGCAUUCCGCUUCUCAGCCAGUAACCAAUGAUCCUAUUGUAACCAGUAGCGAUAUGGGGGGAAAAAAAUCCAACUCAAACUAUAUUCUAUCGCAACAAACUACUAUCAAGGAUGUCCCAGAUACACAAAGUCUAUCGAGUGCUGAUAAUACCCCUAUCAGUAGUCCGAAAAAAGCGAGGGACCCUCCAGCCUCCCCUCCCAUUAUUCAUGCUAAAUCAAUGUCUCAUAUCUACUCAACAAGUAAUAAUGCCAGCAGACAGGCCAAAAACCAUAGUGAUCAUCCUUUGCCUCCAAUGUCUCCAAGARACGAAGUCUACCAAAAAAACAAAGGUCCUACGGUCUUUGUACCCAAGAGGAAACCUUCACUCCCGCAACUAGCCCUUGCUGGUCUUAAGAAGCAAACUAGCUUCUCAAAUGGGAGUGGUUCGACUACCCCUACACAGGCAAGAAAGUCGCCUUUGCAAGGCUUUAGUUUCUUUUCCAGGCCAAGUUCCAAAGACCUGCACGAACAACAACUACAUCAGCAGCAGCAGCAUAUUCAGCAUAAUAAUAAUAUUAAUAAUAAUAACAACAACAACAAUAAUACUAAUAAUAACGGUACCCAUCAUCAAGUGGGCAAUAACAAUAAUAACUACCCACAACAUUCACAUUCACUAUCAUCUAGAUCGAUGUCAUUAAACUCUUCUACUCUCAAAAAUAUUGCAUCAUCUUUUCAGUCCAAGACUUCCAACGGUAGAAAAGUCCCUCAAAAAUAUGAAAUGUCUUCCAACCCAUUCGCAGAUUCUCACCACUACCAUCACACUUCAAAUAGUCACAGUAACCUCAAUAAUGGUCACAGUUCCAUGAAGUCCUCAAACACCAUGAGCGCAUCGUCUGCUAUUGGUUUGGGUCUCAAGACGAGAGUUUCUUCGACUUCAUUGGCUUCGAAGCGAUACACUUCGGUUUCAGGAACUUCCUUAGCAUCCCCGCGUAGAAGCAGCAUGACACCUCUGUCAUUAUCGAGACCAGUAAUGAGCGCUUCUACAAAGAGGCCCCAGGUAUAUCCAGCCUUACUGUCAAGAGUCGCCACUAAAUUCAAAAGUUCCAUUCAGCUCGGAGAGCAUAAAAAGGAUGGGUUGGUUUACCGUGACGCAUUUACAGGUUUGCAAGCAGUCGAUGUAAUUUGUGCUAUCAUUAGAACUUCGGACAGAAAUCUGGCUUUACUAUUUGGUAGAUCACUAGAUGCUCAAAAACUAUUUCACGAUGUGGUUUAUGAACACAGAUUAAGAGAUUCUCCGCACGAAGUUUACGAAUUUACAGACAACUCAAGGUUCACAGGGACAGGUUCCACAAACGCUCAUGAUCCGCUGAUGCUGCUACCAAAUUCAUCUUCUUUCAAUUCAGGGAACCAACCUUAUCAAAGUUCUGGAAUGGUUCCAUCAAGUUCUACUUCUUCUUUAAGUAGUGAACAGGCAACUUUGACGGGUUCAAGACUGCACAUGAAUCGUUCACUAUCUCAACAAAAAAACCCAGCAGCGAUUCAUAAUGUCAAUGGUGUCUUCACAUUGCUGGCGGAAUGUUAUUCCCCUACGUGUACAAGAGACGCUUUGUGUUAUUCAAUUUCAUGCCCAAGGCGUCUUGAACAACAAGCGAGAUUAAAUUUGAAACCAAAUGGUGGCCUAAAGCGUAAUAUCUCGAUGGCUUUAGAUGAUGAUGAUGAAGAAAAACCAUCUUGGACAAGUUCUGUAUCCGAAGAGGAUUGGGAAAACUUACCCAAAAAGGAAAUCAAAAGACAAGAAGCUAUCUAUGAAGUUUAUAUCACAGAGAAGAACUUUGUCAAAUCAUUAGAAAUCACAAGAGACACCUUCAUGAAAACUUUGGCAGAAACCAAUAUAAUCUCUGCAGAUAUAAGGAAAAACUUUAUCAAACACGUCUUUGCUCACAUAAAUGACAUUUACUCAGUGAAUAGACGAUUUUUAAAGGCUUUGACAGAUAGACAAAAAAGUGCACCAGUGGUUAGAGGUAUUGGUGACAUCGUACUACGAUUUAUUCCUUUUUUUGAGCCAUUUGUUUCGUACGUUGCUUCAAGACCAUAUGCCAAAUACUUAAUUGAAACACAAAGAUCGGUCAAUCCUUAUUUUGCCAGAUUUGAUGACGACAUGAUGAGUUCGUCCCUGAGACAUGGUAUCGACUCGUUUUUAUCUCAAGGUGUUUCGAGACCGGGUAGGUAUAUGUUAUUAGUUAAAGAAAUUAUGAAAUCUACUGACCCAGAGAAGGACAAGGGAGAUUACGACGACUUGAGUAAAGCCAUGGAUGCGCUGAGAGAUUUCAUGAAAAGAAUUGACCAGGCAAGUGGUGCUGCACAAGAUAGACAUGAUGUAAAAUUACUGAAACAAAAAAUCCUCUUCAAAAACGAAUAUGUUAAUUUAGGGUUGAAUGACGAAAAGAGAAAAAUCAAACAUGAAGGGAUACUAUCAAGAAAGGAACUGUCAAAGUCAGACGGUGUGAUUGGGGAUAUUCAAUUUUACCUACUAGAUAAUAUGCUUUUAUUCUUAAAGGCCAAAGCGGUUAAUAAAUGGCACCAACACAAGGUUUUUCAAAGGCCUAUCCCAUUGCCAUUGUUAUUUGCAUGUCCGGGAGAAGAUAUGCCUGCGUUAAGGAAAUAUAUUGGAGACCAUCCUGAUUGUUCUGGAACGGUGAUCCAACCAGAAUAUAACGCAAAUAACCCUAAGAACGCAAUAACUUUCCUGUACUACGGGGCCAAGCAAAGGUACCAAGUCACGCUAUACGCUGCACAAUAUGCUGGAUUACAAACGCUUCUAGAAAAAAUUAAAAAGGAGCAGGCAACUAUUAUUAGUACGACCGAAAUGUUCAAUGUGACAAAGAUGAGUGAUAGAUUCUUUGAUUACACUAACAAGAUCAACAGUGUUACUUCCUGUGAUGGUGGUAGAAAAUUGUUAAUCGCGACUAAUUCUGGGUUAUACAUGAGCAAUAUUAAAAGACAGCAGAAUAAAGAUGAGAAACAGAAAAGCUCCGCAUUUUUUUCAACUCCGAUCCAAUUAGUGCAAAGAAAUAACAUUACUCAGAUUGCAGUGUUGGAAGAGUUCAAAUCAAUAAUUCUAUUGAUUGAUAAAAAAUUAUACAGUUGUCCGUUGUCAUUGAUUGAAGCAGAAGGUAAUGGGACGUCUUUCUUCAAAAAGCACCAUAAGGAGUUGAUCAAUCAUGUGAGUUUCUUCGCAGAGGGCGACUGUAACGGUAAGAGAUUAAUCGUGACUGCACACAGUUCGUCACAUUCGAUUAAAUAUUUCGAGCAUGAACAUCCAUUAUUGGCUGAGAAAAAUGGUGGUGGGAGCGGUAAUAAGAAAAAUCUGCGAAAGAAAAUUACCGAGGUCACUUUUGAUUCCGAGCCAGUCUCCAUCUCAUUUUUGAAGGCCAACUUAUGUAUUGGUUGCAAAAAGGGUUUCCAAAUUGUCAGCAUUUCGCAGAAUGCUCACGAAUCCUUAUUAGAUCCCGCCGAUACAUCCUUAGAGUUUGCGCUAAGAGAUACUUUGAAACCAAUGGCAAUUUACCGUGUAGGGAACAUGUUUUUGUUGUGCUAUACAGAAUUCGCCUUUUUCGUCAAUAACCAAGGUUGGAGAAAGAAAGAAUCGCAUAUUAUACACUGGGAGGGCGAACCUCAGAAAUUCGCCAUUUGGUACCCGUACAUUCUCGCUUUCGAUAGUAAUUUCAUUGAGAUUCGAAAGAUCGAGACUGGUGAGUUGGUCCGUUGUGUCCUUGCCGAUAAAAUCCGCCUUUUACAAACUAGCACCCAAGAAAUUCUCUACUGUUAUGAAGACUAUCGAGGAUACGAUACUGUUGCGUCAUUAGACUUUUGGGGUUGA